AUGGGUGAUUUCGAUUUCGAUUCUUUAUCUGAUGUAUCGGAUUUGAGCUCCGCACCUUCAUCACCAAGACUAGAAUCGUCACCAGAGCCAGCAGAACGGUACCCAACACCUUCAUCCCAAGAGGGCGCUGAGCCUGCUGAGGGUUCUGCACGCCAAGCCCGUCCCGCAAAGAGGAGACGCAACCCCCUACCAAAGGAACGGACCACUCAAUAUCUCGAUCUGUCUAAAUCUCUCUAUGAACAAAAUGAUCAACAUUAUUUGUUAGUUCAAACUCUGCGUCAUCAAAAAGAUAUUGUCGUCAUCGCUGGAGCUGGCAUUUCCACAGCCGCGGGUAUUCCGGACUUCCGCUCCACAGAUGGUUUAUUCAAAUCAUUGCAAAAGAAACAUAACCUGAAAGCAUCCGGCAAGCUACUCUUUGAUGCUGCCGUUUAUCAGGAUGAUGCAUUGACGGCGCCGUUCCACGAAAUGGUCCGGUCGCUGUCAGAGGAGGUUGCUAAUGUCAAGCCCACCGCCUUCCACCAAAUGCUCGCCCGAUUAGGUAUUGAGUCACGUCUGAAACGACUUUAUACCCAAAAUAUUGAUGGCAUAGAAACCUCUAUGGAGCCACUAGCAACUGAGAUUCCACUUAAUGUUAAGGGUAGUUGGCCGAUCACUAUUCAACUGCACGGCAGUAUUGAGAAGAUGGUUUGCCAAAAGUGUCGCUACCUCGACAACUUCAAACCCGAUAUGUUCAUGAAGGCCGACCCACCCGAUUGCACAGAGUGUGCUGAGAACGAUGGAGUUCGCCAAGCCAGCGGUCAGCGGAGCCAUGGAAUCGGCCGAAUGCGCCCGCGCAUUGUCCUCUACAAUGAGCACAACCCCGACGAAGAGGCAAUCACCUCCGUGAUGAAUGCCGAUAUCAAGUCUCGCCCUCGCGUCCUGAUAGUCGCCGGUACCAGCUUGAAGAUCCCCGGAGUUCGUCAACUCGUUAAGAGCUUGUGCACAAUGAUCCGUAGUCGCAAGGAUGGUGUCACGAUGUUCAUCAACAAUGAACCACCAAGUGGCAAGGAAUUCGACAACUGCUUUGACUUGAUUGUCAAAGGGUCAUGCGAUGAAGUUGCACGCCAGGCUAACCUGAAACCAUGGGAAUCAAAGGAUAUUACGCCACGCGUGUACGAAUCCUCGCCUUCGCCCAUUCCCCAGACCUUCAGUUCCAACGACGUUUCCGUCGUGGUCACGCCGAAAAAGAGACCUCGCGCAGAAACUGGUCUUGCCACACCUUCUGCCAGUCAUGACGAGAAACCGGCCAAGAAGCCCGCUAGCAAAGUUUCGAAAAUCAAGCUCGAAAAUCCAGCAAGCAAUGGCCGAAGUAUCAAAGACGUUCUCAGCAAAGGAAAGCCUGCUGCUCGCAAGCCUACUCCUGCCUCCAAGUUUGUCACCAAGCCCGCUCCCAAUCCUCGUUCCAAGAAGGCUACAACAACAGCUGCCUCGAAAAAGCGUGCUCCGGUCAAGAAAAAUGCCACCAUCACCUCAUACACCGGCCGCGUUACCAAAACAUCUCAAUCCGCUGGCAAAAUUACUACCAAGGCCGACCACAAAGCUAUGCAACCGGUCCCAGCGGGCGCCCAAAAGAACAACGGUACUCUGCCCAUCAGAACAGAGCAAUCCGAGAAAGCAGACAUCGUGCUCGACUCGGAGUCUCGUCCGCGGCCAGUGGCUUCCUCCUGA